UACUAACAUAACAACUAUCCCAAACAUCGAUGGUACCUGCCUUCGCAUCUCCCUCGGUCAGAACCUGGACUUUACAAUCCUUUGUUAAGACUCACCUGUGGUUUGGUUCUAUCUGCCUGAUGGACAUAGACCGAAUAUCGUCCCAUUGAACCACUAAUACCCAAUUCCUGGGCAUUUUUCUCCCUUCCUCCCCAACUCGCGCAUUCGAGGACGACUGGGAAAUCGCUAUAGGAUUGUCAGUAUUCGCAUGGGCAUGGCCUGGGUCGUUUCGACAGGUUAUUUCCUAUCAUGGCUUUUGGAACCUUAAAAGAUGUUGUCCGUACCUUGGACGCCUGUUUCUCGUCCCCUUCGAUCUUCCCCCCACUUCCCGACGAACUCCAAGAGACUAUCAACGCCUUUCUUGACGCAAAUGACUCUAUCGAGCCGGCCGACUCCCAGCGGCUGGCGGAGGAGUUACACACCGUUUUCCAGAAAUACGUCCAACCGAACCCUGACAAACAUGCGGCCUUUAUCUCGCUUAUCCGCACUCUUCGCCCCGCCUAUACCCCGUCCGAUUCUCAACUCUACGAGUGGUGGAACAAGGUCAUCCGCCCCACCAUCGGCUCAAUCGGACACAAGCGCACAACGAUUGACAACGCGCGGGAGUUCAUGCUGAGUGUGUUGGUGUACGACGAAGACUCGGAUGAAGAUGGACAACACGCUAGAUUAAGUCGUGAUUUCACGGCGUGGCUGUUAGAUGCGUACAUGGCGCGGUCAAAUGUGCAAAGCAGAAAUUCCAUGGAGAUGCAGAACCCCGGGGACGAACUUAAGGCGCAUGAGUUGGAGAAGGUCUUGCUUGCAUUCGGGAGGAAGAGGCCGAAGGAACUACUCCUAGCCGUUGACGACUUGUUCAUCAAGAACGAGCAUCGUGCGCAAGCACUUGGUCUGCUCAGUGCCUUCGUACAUGUCCAACCUCCCCAUCUGUAUCUGGUCCUUGAGACGUCCCUCGUCGAUCACCUACUCACAUGUUUGCUGGUUGACACAUCGGGUACGAUCGUCGACCUAGCACUAACUGUGCUCAUCAUGUUCAUCCCUCACAUCACGAGCUCUCUCGUUUCCUACCUCCCACGUCUCUUCCUUAUCUUCAACAGAAUCGUCUGCUGGGACCUCAAUCCCGAACAAAUACGGAGCCGAAGUCAGGAUGACCAUGAUUUAGGCAUGCAUGAGUCGCCUAUCCAUGAGCAAUUCGAAUUCGUGGCUGAUCCAUCAUGGGAGAAAUUAACGCUGGCAUAUGACAACGACGAGACAAUCAUCCCCAAGGUGGAUUACUUCUUCACCUUCCUAUAUGGACUUUUCCCGCUAAACUUCACGUCCUACCUCCGCAAACCUCGUCGUUACUUCAAGAAUAUCAACUUCCCUGGCGCGCAGGAGAUCGACUUCCGCCAAAGCAUUGUUGCGUCGAGAACGGAAACCUACCGUCGGUCCCAUAUUCUGCACAAGGCGUUCUAUUCAUCCGUCCCUGAAGAUGAAUUGUCAGACACUCGGUUUAUCAAAUCUGACCCAGCGGAGCUGGUGACUCAGUGCCUAGACCUAUACAACUCCGGGCCGAUUCUACACCAUCUGAAACCGCCUCCUGCAUCCCCUUUACCUGAACUACCCAGGAACGCUCCUCGACCAGCAGACUUUCAAGAGCCGCCGUACGAUGAUGAUUCAACCACAUUCGCGGGCGACUCAUGGACCGAAUCUCGCCGGAACACCCGCAGCACCACCCUAACCGCUCCACCGGAUCGAAAACUGUCUCAUUCGGCCAGCGGAUCCUCUCUACCCGAUUCCCAUCGCAACUCAGAGAAUGCCUCUCCUUCGACAGAAAUGCGUCCACGACAUCCUCUCCUUGAUUCACCAACUAUUCCACCCCACGGCAGCGUUCCUAUCCAGAAGAAACCGAGCGCCGAAACCAUGCGGAAACGCGGCCGCCGUGCUCCACGCUCCGGUACCACCACACCCGGCGAACCCGCAUCCGCAACCGAACCCCUUCCUCCACCACUCUUCUCCUGCAGCACCCAAAUUCCGCCCUCAUCCACCGACCCCAUCGCCUCUCUACAACUCGAAAACCUUCGCCUCCGGAACGAGCUUCACUUUCAACAAUACCUCAAAUCCGAAACCGCCACGUUCCUCGGUGCCGCCAAACGCCGCGACCUAACUCAAGAAUCCGCCGCUGCCGAUACCCAGAAGUUAUUAUCGACCAACCGCACGCUGCAAUCCCGCCUCAAACGCCAAGAAGAGCGCUACGAGCAACUCCGCAAAGAAGUCGCCCUCCGUCGCGAAGGAUCCCGUGCCUGGGAUAAAGAAGUUGAAGGCAAAGUCCGCCUCGUGCGUGCCAAACGCGACGAAGACCGCCGCGAUGCCGCCGCCCUUGAGGACCUCCGCGUCACUUGCCAACAAGCCCAGGGCGAGUGCGACCAUCUCCGGAACCGCCUCGAAGAAUCCGAGGCGCGCAGCACGCUCGCCAACGAGUCUGUCCGCGCCCUGCAAUCCGAAGUCGACCAACUCCACACUCUCGAGCAAGAGCUCGAGAAGCUCCGCGAGCGCGUCUCCUCCUAUGAAGACCGUGAGCUCGACUUCGAGCGCAUGCGCUCCGAGCGUGACUUCCUCCGCGGCGAGCUCGAAUCCGCCGCCCGCCGCGCCCUCGCCCGCGACCGCGAAAUCGAGCAGAUCCGCAACGCCGCCGAACGGGCUGUCGCGGACCUCGAAAUGCGGCUCGCCGAAACGCAGAACGCGAGCCUGCACGUCAACGCGCACGGCGCGGGGCAAGGCGCGGUGCAACAGAUCGUGGAAAGCGCGCUGGCGGCGAAGCAGGCGAACAUGGCGCAGUUGCAGAAAGCGUACCGGAAGCUGCACGACCGGUGCGUGGAUCUGGAACUGCGGAACCAAGAGCUUGAGGCUGGGUAUUCUCCCGUCGGUCUCGGGAAGAGCCCCGCGUUCGCGGAGUUCCAUUUUGGCGACGCGGAGGAGCCGUCGGUGAGCCCUGGGCAUUAUUCACCGGUCAUGGCAAACAUGACGGCCGCGCUGCCGCCUAUGCAUGGGGGUGGCCAGGGGGUGAGCCGGGUGGUAAGCGGCGUGGGUACGGCGUAUAGCACCUCAUCGACACGUGCGAUGCCGAACCGCACAUAUGCGCCGGCUGCGCCAAGGGGGAGCAGGCAUCAUGCGUUCAACACGCCCGAUGCGGCGUACGAGGAGGGGAGAACCCGGUUGGGCAAUGAUGGCGUGGAUUCAAUUCGGUCGAGCAGGUUGGAGGGCCUUGGAAAAGAAAGGGUUCGGCCUGGUUCGGAGUACCGAGGAAGUAUGGCCAGUCCCGAUCGAUCGCAUAUCCCGAUGUAUCCUGGAGAAGGAGCAUUUAUGUUUUCAGGCGGGAUGGGUUCGCCGAUACGGGAGAGAGGUGGGAUGGGUCGGGAGAACGAGUCGGGAGUUUUGGCGAGCGGCAAUAGCGCGAUCAGCGUUGAGAGCGGUGGGAGUAAGAAGAGUGGAGGCGAUGGAGGGGAGAAGCCGAAGGUGACGACGGGCAGUAAGGCGAGGAUAUACGGCAGAGGUGAGUGAUUCGCUUUCUAGCGCCAUUAGGAUCGACUCUGACUUGCAACUAGGCGGUGCGCAAAAUGUGGGCAAGAAGGGUAAGGACAAGGACAAGGACAAGGACAAAACAACCAGUGCGAGUGCCAAGUCAGCCGGAUUUAAAGGGAUGAUGAGUAUCCUAUAAGUCUCCUUCACAGUCGACCUACUCGAGUAUUGGAGCGCUUCUUCUGUCUUUCUCUCUUCAGGGCAUCGACAAU